AUGGCGGAGGGUUUUGAACUGUGUCACAUCCCACAGCAAAGCAGAAGGGAUAAACUGAGGGUGGUCCUCCAGAACCAUCACACCAGUGAUCUGCAAGGGUGCGCAGGCUUAGCAAUGCCAGUGAUUAUAGGACUGCGAGAUCAAUUAUGGAUAACAUUAGUAAUGAAUCGUCGGAUCUACAGUCUGUCCGUGAUUCAGUUUUCCCACAACGGAACUCCUCCUCCUGUAGAGUUGAACUUGCACAGUUAUGGUGGUGGAGAUGAUAUCCCGACUGCGGUGAUGAACCAUGGGCUGUACACAGGCUACGCGUCGAUUUUGAAAGGUUCCAAGUUCUUGAAACCGGCGAAACAGUUAUUGGAUGAAACGUGUGAUGUGGGUUUUAGAUUUUCCGCUGAGAAGUUUCCUGUUAAUUGUGGUUUGAUCGACCCUCCUCCGUUGGAUAACUUGCGAACAAGUGUUGAUGAUCCCAGUUGUGGUGGCGCAUACAAGAGAAAAAGAUCCACCCUAACUUCUUUGCUAGACGAGGUGUACAAGAGGUAUAAAUAUUACUACCAACAGAUCCAAACAAUAAUCACAUCAUUUGAAACUGUAGCUGGGCUUAGUAAUGCUGCUCCAUUUGCAAACUUGGACAUAAAAGCAAUGUCAAAGCACUUCCAUUCCCUUAAAAAUGCUAUAACUGAGCAGCUACAGUUCUCAGUGAAACCUCAUAUAAGCUAUGGAAAGAAAGAAUUCAUGGUGUCUGAAAAUUUUGAGAAAGGGUAUUAUGGUCAAAUCGGAUUAGUUGAACAUCAGCCUGUUUGGCGUCCCCAAAGGGGUCUCCCAAAGCGAGCAGUCACUGUUUUGAGAUCAUGGUUGUUUGAUCAUUUUCUGCACCCUUAUCCAACUGACACAGACAAGCAGUUGUUGGCUAAACAGACGGGUUUAACUCGAAAUCAGGUUUCCAAUUGGUUCAUAAAUGCUAGAGUGCGACUAUGGAAGCCUAUGGUAGAGGAAGUGCACACGCUUGAAACCAGACAAGCCCACAAAUAUUCAUCACAUAUCCAGCAACCAGAAGCUUCCUGUGUCAGCAAUUCGUUUUCAUCUCAACCAGUGAACCAAGAACCUCAUUCAAAACGCACUAGAAAUGACUUCCCAUGUGAUAAUAGAUAUAGCAAUCAACAUCUCAUGGAAGGAAAUAAGGAGCACAUGAUGAACUUUCACGACAAUUUGUCAAUCCAUAAUGGAACAAAUCGUGGGGUUCCCUUGACACUAGGCUUAUGUCAGAAUAACAAUAUAUUCACAUUGUCAGAGGCGUUUCCGUUGAAUGCCGAUGGUAGGAGCAGAAGAUUUGUUGUUGGUGGGUUUGAUGUGCAAAAUCGGCAGGUGGGACAAGAACUUAUUGGGGAUCGGUUUUUGCAUGAUUUUGGUGGCUGAUGGUUUAGUAGUCUCUAGAGCCCACUUUGUUAUAUACGACAUGACAAAACAGGAAAAGUUGUAAUGUAUUUGACGUAGAUUGCAAUGGAUUCACAACAAAAAUUGCAAUUUUUUAUCCCACAAAGAAAUGGAACAAUGUGUGAUAGAUACUUGCUCUUGAUGUCUAAAGACCAAUACGCAUUGUCCUCGUAAUUGAAAAUAAUCCUAGAAAAUUUGUCUUGUAUCAUUCAAUCAUUUUUAGUCUACUUCCAUCAUGUCGUGGCCCCUCUCUUCCAUGUAACAUGUAACGCUCGUAGAUCCGGG